AUGGUAAAUAAGUGGUCUUACCCUCUGAGAAUGUUGGCUCUUCCCGAUGCUCUUGGUUUGAGCAGCAGGCGAGAAACAAGGAAAGGACUGUGGCCCACUGUGGGUGUAAUAGUUUUCUCAAUUGGGCAGUGCAGCCGAAGAACCAGUCUUUACAAAGCUGGCCUUCCAGUAAACAAAAGAGAUCAUGUAUUCUGUAUUCUGAUUCCCUUGUUCCAAACAAGCCUCUUUGACAAAGCGAGUGUGGCUCAAACUAAAAGCGGCUUUGCUUCACAUCCGACGAACGACCAGGAUCUGCUGCCAUUGCCCCCUGUGAGGACGACCAUGGCCUUGUACCCGACAGGAGGUUUUGUUGUCUUUAUCUGGAUGCCUACAGGCGGUCUUGACGACCCACUGCACGGCGCAGAGCAGGCCUGUGGUGCAUUGGAGCAACCUGCUGCGCGCAAAAUUGCAGGAUCCAUUGGCGUCCGAGGCCCCAAAUGGAUUAACCUUCGCAUUGCAGAGAUCGUCCACCUGGAGGCGGAGGCGGUGCGCAUCCUGCUCACAGCACUUCAGCGUGUGAUCCUUACUGAUGGGAUCAGCACACUGGAAAAGAAGCAGAUCGCGAAGGGCAUUCGGGAUCUUACCAUCAGGUCAAUUUGGUCCUGCUGGAAUUUCCAAGUCGAAGAGCGACUUUGGUACGGUCGCAAGAGCAAGACGCUUCCGGACCUUUUGGAAGAGUUGAUCUUCGGGAUGGCUCCCGUGAUGCGUGAAUUACGACAAUGCCAAUUGCCGAAACUACUCUGUGGCCUGGGAAAGGCUUUAAAAGAUUUGCUCGAUGGGCGUACUCUUCACCUCCACCCCAUAAUGCAGGGUGACGUUUGCAGAUUCGCCAAGACCAAGGAGCUUGCCUUGCGAAAGAAGGCUCUCCUCCUCCAGCGAGUGAUGAAGUGGGAUGCCACCCAUUGUGAGCCUUCCAUUUGCAAGAAGACCAUAAUACACAAGCUGUCUGACUGGACCGCACGAAGCUUGUGGGUUGAUUGGCAUGGUGAAUGUAUGCCUGCUGAGUUUCUUUCCAUCGAGCAAAAACUUAUGCUCUUGAAAGACCACGCCUCCACCCGGAGUACUGUUCCAAAGGACGUUCUGGCACGGGUUUUUACCCACAUGAGGACAGGGAUCUCGGAAGCCCUGCGAUCGCUUCAGGCCAUCCUUGACGAUCCAUUUCUGCACGAGGAGAUGUGCGGACCAAAGACCAUAGCCAGAGCGCACACUCCUCCACUUGAGCAACCACGGGUACAAGUAGCAAGAGCAAACUGGGCAGACUUGUCCGAAGAGGUAGAUAGUGAGCUCUGA